GUUUUGCAGGCUCAACGUCCCGAGAAUACGGUUAUGCAAGCCCUUGAAUCGCUGAAUGAUGCCCAAGUCAAUGAUUUUCUUAGCGGCAAGACUCCAUUGAAUUUGAGUAUGCGUCUGGGUGAUCAUAUGAUGCUGAUACAGCUACAACUUAGCACGGUAAAUCCUGUCAACAGUGCCGCUCAUCACAGCGGUUCGAAUUGCAGCAGUAGUUCCUCACGUACACGUUCCAGUCAUCAUCAUCAUCACCAUCAUCAUCGCAGCAGUAGUAGUCGCAGUGCAUCGACACAAACUGCCGGUGGAUCGACAGCAGCAACAAAUGGUGGAACCUCAGCGCCAGCUUCCUCAUCUUCCAACAGCGGUAGCGGCAGCGGUAGCAGCAACAACAGUCACCAUCAUCAUCACCACCACCAUCAUCAUCAGCACAAUAAUGGUGUUAGUGGUGUAGUACCAGGAUCCAUAGCCUCAUCAAAUGCUACAGCAGGUGGAGCAGGAGUUGGUGUGGCCAUGCCCACUGCCCAGAAUGCCAAUGCGGUGAGGAAAUUAGAAAUGGAUACAACACAAAGGGUUGUGGGAAAACAUGUUACCCCCACCGUAGUACCACCACCAUCGACUGUAAGAAUGACAACACCAUUGGCCGCACAACCACUUCCCACACCAACAUCCUCCUCAACGUCUGGUGUCAACGGCGCAAUAAACUCCAAAAAUUCCGAUUUCAGCUCAUAUCUAAGCAAUAUUGUCAAGAGUAUUGCUAUGGCUCAGCCCGGUUCACGUCUUACACCUGCCGUCACUACAAACGCUGCGGCUGCUGGUUCGGCUGGGCAACAAACAACAACUACAAACGCAAUUCCCACAUCGGCCAUUGUGCCAGUAGUGGCCUCGCCCUUCCAUACACCCUCCUCAGCUGAGGCUGUACUCUUGGAACAGUCACCCAUCAAAUCUUUAUCAAAUUUAGUCUCAAGCCCCAUUAAGACCACAUCAAUUAAACACAUUCCCCGUAUAUCUUCGAAUAGUAGUAACAACAACAACAAUAGUUCCUCCAAUUCCGUGGCCCUUGGCCCACAUACAACGGCUUUAAGUGCUAAUACUGCAACGGCAGCAGCACCACCACCAAUUUGUCAGGAUCCAAUUGCAGCGAAGUUGACCUCCUGUCUCUGUACCAGACUUAAUGGAGGAAGCAGUGGUGCUGGGAAUAUGGCACCUCAUGUAAGCGCCAAACAAUGCAUUGAAAGUUCAUGUAUUACUUCACAACAACAGCAACCGAUGCCACAAUUAGCUCAACAACAGCAUCAACAACAACGUACAAGCUCUAUAAUGACCAGCACACCAAAUUAUAAAUCUAUUAAUUCCGGUGGUUCAGUUUUGACAACACCACCACCCCCACCCCUAACAAAUAUUGCCGGCAAUUCUUCCUCAGCAUCGUCGCGUGCCUCUUCUUCGUCGUCCUCGUCGUCGUCGUUACACAAAACAGCCCACAAUGCAAUUACCCGUAAGCAUCGUCACCAUCAUCAUCACCACCACCAUCAUCAUCAUUACCAUCACCCUGGAGUACAAACCAGCAAUUCUGUAAAAUUGCAACCAAAUCUCUCCUCGACGUCUUCGUCGUCCUCAACAACACCCCAACGCGGUGGUGGCAUUUCCAAUGAUAGUGGUUUCAAUUCCAGCGAUGAUACCCUAAACAUUUCUACACAAACUCCAACAAAGUCCAAACCCACUGUGGCAGCACCAACGCCGCUAAUGAUAGCCGCUCCAUUGGCCUCAAACUCUAACACCACCACACCAAUUGCGGCCCAAUCAAAUCAUUCGACACCAACUAGCGCAACGGCCGCAGCCGCCGCAACACCUAUUGAACUAGAUGAAUCCGGCAUUGUUUCAGAUUCCCGCACACUCGCCGAGGCAUCACGUAAUCUCACCCAAACACUGCGCAAACUAUCCAAAGAAGUUUUCACCAAUAAAAUCGAUUUCUCGGCCAGCGAGGAGACACCGCGCAAAAGUGGUUCCGGCGCCGUCAUAGAAUCAAUGAAAAAUCACGGCAAAGGAAUCUAUUCGGGAACAUUUUCGGGUACACUAAAUCCAGCUCUGCAGGACAGAUAUGGUCGUCCCAAACGUGAUAUAUCCACCGUUAUACAUAUUUUGAAUGAUCUGUUGAGUGCAACGCCACAAUAUCAUCGUGGUGCACGCAUUAGCUUUGAGGCUCCAUCAACAUCGGCAGCUGCCGCGGCAUCGGUGGCAGCAGCCAGCGGUUCGCCGGGUGCUAUACAUCAUAGUUCCAGGAGUAAACAUCUUUCAUCAAAGCAUCAUCACUCCUCGCAUCCCUCCUGUGUCAAAUGCAUUAAAACACACAACAAUAGCGCUUCCACCUCCUCGUCGUCGUCGUCGUCAAUCAAUAGUGGAUCUAAUGGUGGUGGCGGCUCAUCGUCAUCAUCCUCUUCUUCACCCAUAUGUGCUUAUGGCGAAUGCAGCGGUCAUUAUGUUAGCAAAUCACAAUCAAGCAAAAGCUAUCCCUGUUGCCAACCAGAUGUGACUAACAGUUCCAAUAUGGUUACCAGCCAUCAUCAUUCUUCGUCGUCGUCGUCGUCGUCAGCGUCAUCAUCGCAUCACCAACACCACCAUCAUCAUCAUCACCAAUCCCAACAACAGGUGAUGGUGGAUGAGCGCAAGGUGUGCCAAUGUCGUUAUCGCAUACACAGUGAAACCGGCGAACGAGAACGCGAACAUACCUGCCAGAAAUGUGCUACCGAAAUGGAUAAUAUGAAAACCAAAUCUAAAUUGGAUCAAUUGCGUUUGGUAAUGCAACAGCGCAAACAGAAACGUGAGGCACGCAAAUUAAAGGGAGCUCCAUAUGGAGCACGCGUUGUUGGCACCACCAGCACAGCCACGACGGCAACAUCGGGUGGCGCUGGUGUUGUAGAUGCUGGCAAUGCCACCAGCCUCAGUGCUACAAAUAGCCCAAUUAGUGCAAAUAACAAUCAACAAACACCAAUUAGUGUGGCCAGUGCAUCCACAGCGCCCAGUGAAGUAUCACCAAAUCAUAUUGUCGAAGAGGUUGAUACAGCUGCAUAGAUUUAUAACUAAAAAGAAAAAAAAAACAUAAAAUGCAAAAUACGUUUUGUGUUUCAGAAUUACAACUUUUUUUAUAGAUAAAAUAUUUGAUGCUUAUUCUUCUUGAUUUUUUUUAAGAAAUUAAUUUUAUUAGAAUUUAAAGAAAAAAAUUGCUGUUCAUCUUUUUUUUUUAAUUUUAAUUAGUUUUUCUUCGUGUAGCAUUUAUUAGUUUUUAGAUAAAAAAAAUAAAAUACCUUUUUUUCUCUCACAUUACCACCAACAAUUACAACAACAACAACGAUUACUACUUUACCACAACAAAAAUCAAAGAAAAUAUUGUAAAAUGCAAACAAUUAUUUAUACUUAACCACCAGUUUUUUUAAGGCAAUUUGUUCAUUUUUUUGUAAUAACAGGCCUCAGUCCGUGAAUAUUUUAGGAGUUUGAUUUUUAGUCUGCUUGGUUUUCUGGAAAAAGCAUUAACACUUCUGCUUUUUAAUAAUUUUUUAAAGCAAAUAGAAUCUGUCUCAAAGUUUGACAGAAUGGAUUUUUACUUUUAGCCUCAUCAUUUUUUGAAAACAGUAUCAUUGAACCGUCUUAGAAAUAGUUGUAAAAUCCACAUGUCUCCAUUGUUUUAGGUGGAGAAAUUUUGUUUUCCUUCGAUAACUCAGCUCAAAGAAGUAAUAAAGUGCAAAGAAUUGCGAAUAACUUACUUUGAGAAAGAUAUGCAACCCGAAAAAAUGAUGGAAAAUUACCAAAAUUUUGAGGUUUAUAUAUUUUUUUAAUGGACUCAAUAUUAGGCUACCUUACCUUUAUUUGAUUGCCUCAUCUCGGAUUAAACGCUGAAAAUAUAUCUGUUUUAUAAUUUUUUCUAAAGUCAAGAACCCAAAAAUUCGUCGUGCCACGUCAUCAGACUCAAUAUUAGGAAACCUUACCUUUACUUGAUUGCCUCAUCUUGGAUAAAACUUGGAAAAUAUAUCUGUUUCAUAAUUUUUUCUACAAGUCAAGCACCCAUAGUUCGCCAUACCACGUAAUCAUUUCCCGUAUGGUUAGGAUUCCGAGAGUUUUUACUCAAAUGGAGUUUUUUUAUUUGUGAUUAUCAAGAAAUUCUGAUGACCUUGUUGGCCAAAUAGAAUAUCGUUACUGCUUCUAAAAGUGUUGAUAUUUGGAAAUAUUUCCGAGACAUCUGUAGCUGAAAUUUAUGAUUGGCAAUUUAUCGAAAAAAUGAACUUAUUUUGCAAAAUCUAACUAGAGGUUAAUAAAAUUUAAUUAAUUUAUGUUAUGUUUAAAUAAUUUAUAUAUAAAAAAUUGUGUUUUCUUCGGUUUUAACGUCAACAUGCCUUUUCCUAAUAUUUUUGGAUUAUAUCAUAAAAAAUAAUAAUAAUUUUCAUUCAUAUAUGUAGCUCUAUUUUAAAUGAAUUUUUGUUGGAUUUUUUUAGCUUAAGAAAUGUUUUUUUGGUUUUUUGCUUUAUUACUAUUAAAUUAAUAACAACAACAAUAAUAAUAAUAGUUUUAAACAACAAAAACAAAAGAGACCUUAAAUUUGCAAUAAUUUUGAAAUGGAAACAAAACACAUUAAUGAUGGUCCACAAUUCGUAAUUUUCAAUAUUAGAUCUGUUAGUUUUUUUAAUUUUGUAAUUUUGCUCCGCAGGCUGAGCUAUUGUUUCUUAAAACAAAACUUCAUUCUAAUGCAAUUUAUUUUAUUUCUAGAAUGAAUUUUGAACACAUCUGUUACUACUUUACAACUACUUUCUUAACAUUUUUCCCCACUGUUUUUUUUAA